UUCUCUUUGUGAAGUACCUGUCAAAUGCAUUCUUGUUUUGGUAUUUUACUGGUUAGCAAAUCAUCUAAUCAGUGUUUUACAAUAAUCAAUGAAAGUUGUGAAAAUUGCACAGUGAACAGUAUUUACAAUAACCAGAUUGCAGUACUGAAGUCUUUCGUACCAUCCUACACGAGCCCGUGACGGCUCGGUACAGGAUUAAAUUCGUAUCGUGCCAGCAGUAAAGAAGAAGAAGGAGAUAAAUCUGCAAAUGCAAAACAAGGAAAAUUAAAGAACCACGUACUGCAUAACAACAGAUUUAUCACAGCACAGCAAGUUCACCAAAAACAAACCCACCUGGACAGUGUUGUGUACGAUCGCACCUAGGCCAGCAUCAUUAUCGUGAUAUUUGAUGUGUGGUGCGAAAUAUCUCACGAGUCGGCCAUGUUUUGCAUAAUAUGAUAAAGAAGAUGUCGUCAGCUGCUUUCGUGCAACGUUGCUGAGAGCUAAAUUAAGGGCUACCCAAAUAGACACCUAGCGAACACGUAGAAUGCAUUGGAUAGUGAACCUCGAAGGUGGACCCAGGCGUGUUAACCAUGCUUCGGUGGCGGUGGGUGAAUUUAUCUAUUCCUUCGGUGGAUACUGCACAGGAGAAGAUUAUCACUCGAACAGCGCAAUAGAUGUACACGUUCUCAACACGCACAACAUGCGCUGGGCCCCGAUUCCGGCGGUAGAAGACGAGAACGGUGUGCCGUGCAAAUAUCCGGAGGUGCCGUUUCAAAGAUACGGCCACACCGCGGUAGCCUUUGGGCGCAAAGUGUACCUGUGGGGUGGACGGAAUGAUGAGAUCGUUUGCGACAUACUCUUCUGUUUCGAUACGAAAACCCGCAAGUGGACCCGACCUUCAGUGACCGGCACGGUUCCUGGGGCUCGUGAUGGCCAUUCGGCGUGUAUCUACGAUGAGCGCAUGUACAUUUUUGGCGGCUUUGAGGAGAGCAUAGAUAAAUUCUCCUGUGACGUCUACUACCUCGAUCUGCGCACGAUGCACUGGACGUACGUAAAUACGCUUGGGGAACCGCCAUCCUAUCGGGACUUUCAUUCCGCAACCGUGCUCAACCAUCGGAUGUACGUGUUCGGAGGGAGAAGUGACGCCGUGGCACCAUAUCAUUCACAGGAGGAAAUUUAUUGUCCUAACAUAAAGUAUCUGGACCUGAGGGCGGAUCGGUGGUACACACCGAAAACCACUGGCGAAAUCCCUGUGGGUCGAAGAAGUCAUUCUGCAUUUACCUACAAUAACAAAAUUUACAUCUUUGCGGGAUACAAUGGCAAUAUAGACAAACAUUUCAAUGAUCUCUACUGUUUCGAUCCCGAACGAAACGUUUGGCGGCAGGUAACUCCACAAGGUCAAGCACCACGUGCCAGACGGCGCCAAUCAUGCUUGGUAAUAGGCAAACGGAUGUAUCUAUUUGGAGGCACCUGUCCCACAAACAAUGGUGAUCCAUCUUCAUUUGAUUAUAGCGAUACGCACGUGCUUGAUUUUGAACCAAGCUUGUGCACUUUGGCCAUCAUAAAAGUGCUGGAAUACAGACUCGAUGUUACAAGUUUACCUCAGGACAUCAGAAUCGAAAUACGAAACAUGUCUACACCAAACAAAAUCGGUCGAUCUCUUAACAAAGGUUGAACGAUGGAAGCUACAAAGAAAAAGACGAUAACGAACUGCCAGCAAAACUGUAGGAAAUAUCACAUUUGGUUCGUUCUAUAUUGAAAAUACCAUCAAGUCAUUAAUGAAUUUGGCGCAAGUAAAAUACACGCGUAAAUUAAGUACAUUUAUUUCUGGUCAAAUAAAUUUGUUGAAAUUGUAACGGUUAUA